CUGAAAAACCGUUUUCCGAUGGCUAACCGCCUUACUCUCUUUCUCAUCCUCUCCAUUACCGCCGUCUCCACCGCCGCCGUCGAUUCCGCCACCAAUACCACCGCCACCGUUGAUAUCGUCUCCACCGCCGUCCACUCCAGAAAACCGGCGAAAAACACCGCCCGCACGAAAUACUCCAUUUCCCCAUAUGAACUGAACAGCCUUCUGAGUGUCUUAAGGUACAGCGGUUACCCUCUUUUUAGCAACGCAAUCGACACCUCCGAUAUCCAAUUCCAAAUUCUCACCGGUCACACCACACUCGCCGACUCUUCAUCGGUGGCGGCGGGAUCAUUCACUAUCUUCGCACCGAGAGAUCAUUUCCUGUAUACUCUCGAUAUGGCUUCCAAUGCUGAUGCUUACGUGGCGGCACUCCGAUCCCACGUCAUCCCUUCUCGCCGACUCACAAUCACUGAACUCCGCAACCUUACUUCUCCAUACCUCGAUACCCUUCUUCCCCAUUACAGUAUUUUGGUGGAAACGAGUAGGGGCGACGACGAUAUUGUCACUAUUGAUGGGGUUCGGGUUUCGGAUCCGAAUCUUUUUGUCGGGUCGAGAUUUGUUGUUCAUGGGUUAGAUGGGAUUCUUCUGACUGGAUUUAACAUGUAUGAGGACACUCUGAGCCAGAUGGGAAAAGGGUUUUUUGCACCGGAGAAAGUGGAGCCCUUCGCUCAUAAAUCUGGCCGGCAUUCUGCGUCGGCGGUGAAGAAUGGGGGGUUUUCUAGAGUAAUGAGGAAGCAUCGGAAACUGCAGUAUCGCCGGAUUUGGAAGAGUAAUUACAAUGUCCGGCGUAAUGGCGGAGAAGAUGAUUUCUAG